UCCGCGCCGUUCCUCUGCGCAAAAGCCGACCGCUUAUUGUGUCGCAACGGGAAAGCGUCCGUGUACAGCAGCGCGUCCGCCACGGCUUCUCCCGGAGAUACUUGUCCGCGCGCGCGAGCGGACCGCGUCGUUGAGAUCGCGAGUCUUGGCUCGCGAGUGGCUCGUCCGUCGUCGACCGGGCAUCCCGUCCGCGCGUCUGUGCGUAACGUAUAUCACCGUUCCUGAGUGAGAUCCGAGCGAGAUCGAAAUCCGUCGGGCGGGUGUUUCGCGGGCGGACGGUGGUCUUCGCGCCGCGUCGUCGCGCGGCCCUCCAGCCUCUCGCCCGGGACUCUACUUCCUUCCGAUAGCGACGCGCGCGAGUUCCGCGUCUUGCUCGAGAUCAUCGUCAUCGUCGUCGCCGAGGCUCGAGGUGGAACAAUCCAAUCGUCCCCGUGAAGAAGGCGACGUUACGCGAUCGAUAACUCGCCGACGAUCUCGGCACGCUCGGACGACAACCAAUCGACGGGCACACGCGCUCGCGAAGUCGGCGACUUCAAUUUGACUCUUUCUCUCUUUCUCUUUCUCGCGCGCGCGUUUGAUUCUCGUCGCGAGUGAGAGUGUCCCGCGUCUCGGAGCCGUGCAUAUCGCGUAUACGGGACAGUCAUCAAGGAUACUCGUGUCUGCUGGUAUCUGCCAUGCCGACAGUUUGAGCGUAAACCGUUGGUCGCGUCACGCCACGAAUCGCGAGGCGCCGGUGGCGACGAUGAGUCCGUUUGUCAAGUUUCUCCACGCGCGCGGUCGGAAGAGCAAGUAGGCGACGCGUCGUGAGCUACGCGCGCGUGUAAGUGCACGCGAGGGGGGGGAGGAAGCCGCUCACGCGGUGGUGGUGGUGGUGCCUGCUGCUGCUGUUGCUGUUGCUGUUGCUAGUGGUAGUGGUGGUGGUGCGUGAGGUGUGUAUGGCUGCGGGUGUGCGCGAGUAGUGUGCGUGAAUCGCGAGAUUCCUUCGCGGACGGACUUCUCCUCGAGUCCGUGGUCCGCGUUGUAUCCGGCCAGAGGAACGGACGCGUGCAUUCGCCGUCGCUCCUGCGCGGCGGCGGCGGCCAUUUUGAAUUGACGUGUGCUCCAAGCGCGGCGGCGAUUGUCAACGCAGAGAGAGCCGCGGGACGCCAAAAUUGGACGGUUCCCCGUGUCGCGCGCGCACUGCUGCCCGCCUGCUCGAGACGAGACGUCGCUCUUCUCCACCGCGACUCCUUCGCGAGAGGGAACAAGGGAGAAGCGUUUCCCCAGGGCGUUCGUUCGUUCGUGUGCUCGCGUGCACGCACGCUCUCACGCACGCACGCGCGCGCGCGCGCCCGCGCAUCGCUAACGCGUCGUCGUCGUCGACGUGCGUAUGUACGUGCGUACUUAGCCAUGGUGCCGCACAGCCGGGUUUUCUACAUUCAAGAGGGAAUGCCGAUAGGCGCGACAGUGACACUCGCGGGGCCACUCGCUCCACCGGUUCCAGUAGCGCGGCUCGAUAAACCUCGUCGACUCUGAUACCGAGGAAAUACGAAAAAUCCAUACUCCCCCGAGAGUUGCGAGCACUCGACAUUGAACGCGCCAGAAGAGGAGAGGGAGAGAGAGAGACAGAGACAGACAGCAGCACACUACAUACACACACAGAGCGGGAUCCACCCGCUCGCGAUGCGUCGCUCGUUCGAAUUUGACAUGUGACCGCGACAGUUGCGUUUACGUAAGUUGCCUCCCGUCUGAACGGACGCUCGCUCCGUCGUGUUCGCGGCUCGAGGAGACACGCUCGUGCUUCUGCUCCGUGAGGAUCUUCCUUCGCGUACGCGCGAUAUUCCCCGAGCAAGUGACGGACAACGCCAAACGUUGCGUCGCGAACGCGAUCGAUGACUCCGCGGGACAGCUGUGUGCGCGAGUUGACAGUCCAUUCGAGGAGCUAACCUCAAAUCUCAGCGAGCGAGCGAGCCUCUGUUGUCGAGAACUGUCGUCCGAGUAUCGUCACCGAGGAGACGACGUGAUUGGACACCAACCGGUCCUCUUCUGUACGGUAGCUGAAGAAACGGCGAGAUUCCUUGAAUUCGCGAGGAGUCUCGUGACUAAUCGUCAACGGUCAACAUCUAGAUCAGAGUGACAGGCUGUCCUUUAGAUUAAUCUCCACUAAACUAGUAACUUUCGUCCUUCUCUAGAUCAGCCAAUCCUAGAUUAGCGACCGUUUUCCUCUGUCCUGAUCUAUGUCGAUACCUAGUUCAACGACGGACCGUCCUUUUCUAAGUUGCAAUCCUACGUAGAACCGAACGGAAAAGAAGGAAGACAGUGUUCAGUCGAGGGUAGGGACUGUAGCGUCCCGUAUUGGCAUCGGUGCAACCGGUUCGUCUUCGUUGUCACCCGCUGAUUCGAUACGCUUGUCAUCGACACACCGGGGCAUAUCGAUGAUGUGAAGCGCGCUUGUCCGACUGUGAGUUGCCAGCGCAGCGUAGCGGGUCGUCAAUGCGGCACGGAUCGCCGACAAAUACGCGAAUGGUGCUCCCGGGGCACGGUGGCCCUUGAGGGAUCAGGAUAAAGAGAGAAAAGAAGAGAAAGGGAGAGAGAGAGAGAGAGAGAUGUCGAGGAGGGAGCCAUGAGCACGGCGGACACCGCGCUGUCAAUUUCAAUCAAGAUGGCCCCAGGGCCGGAACACCGCCAGGAACCGGUAGCUCCUGACAAAAUCGCCGAGAGCGAUCGUGCCGCCGCUACCGCCGACGUUGUCGUCGACGCGGAGAACAACGUCAGCACCACGACUGGCAACAACAACAAUAACAACAACAACAACAACGCAGCCUCUGUCGCCGCUCCUGUUCCCGUUCCCGCCGCAGCCGCUGCCGCUGCCGCCGCCGCAGCCGCCGCCGCCGCCGCCGCCGCCGCCGCCGCCGCCGUUGUCGUUGUCGUUGCGGAACAAAGUUCGAACAUCGAGAUCGCCCCGGCUAAUUCUGCCGCUGGCGCCGAUCCGACCAACCAAAGCUCACCGCCAAGCAACGCCGUUGACAGUAAACAGGAGGAACCAGCCACUCUGUCUGCGUUAAAUGAGGGUGAACUACGUGCUUUGCUGGACGAAGCUAUAACAUAUAAGUGUCCAAAAGAUAGAGAAGGGAAAUCUAAUCUUUUUAAGGAACUUUUACAAGAAGCAGAAGCAGACGAGACUGAGGAAGGACGUAGGGUGAUAUCCAAUUCGCGCUGUCUGCCUGGCUCAAAUCGCAGAAGACAUAAACGAGAAUCUGUAUCCGAACGUUUGACACACGGAGGAUCGUUACAAAAUUUAGCACAACCCAUUGCUUCAGAAUUUGAUAGCAGUUUCGCUUAUCUGACAUCUGGCUCAUGUCACACUUAUGGUAGCAGUAGGAGGAAGAAUAAAAAAUACACAGGACCCAGUGUCUCCGCUAGACAAAGAGAAGGUGGAUCAUUACCGUCGAAUGUAAACGCAUCGCAUAGCCUUGCUUCUUUGGCCAACUUGGACCUAAUAUUUGACAAAAAGAAGGGUUUCUACGAGGAGCGACCAGUAUACGAUUGGACCAAUAAAGAGAAAUCCAAAUCUCUGGACAAACCAUCAUAUACUAGUACAAAGAAGGAAGACAAGGAGAAAGACAAGAAGGACUCGAAACGGGACACCGUUAGUUCAGGCGAGACGGAAUCUGAGACACGGGAGAAAAGAGUUAGCAAAGGAAAGUACGGAACAAAUGAGAUGCUGGAUUCCGAUAAUCCACCCCCGGAAUAUAAAUCGGACUACAUGGUGAUCGAUUUAGGUGAUGUUGAGCAGGUAGGUGCUAUCAGUGAGAGGAAUAUCGGAUCUACAGCGAGCGGAGUUCAAAGACCUCGCUCUUUAGACACUGAGACCGACGAAGGAACUGAAAUGAAAAUUAUUGAGCCACGUAGACCUGUCCAGUAUAUUACACGGGCGACCUUCGACAUAACGCAGACUCCUGUGGACACCACUAUAGAGUUUCCUAUUCGUGAACACAAACAGGAAAAAUCGAAGAUAUCUGUUAAUGGUACCGAGGUGACGGGAGCUCUGUCGUUUCAACCGCAUAACAGCGUAAAAUGCGGUAUAGCUUCCAAUAGUUCUAGCAGUAGCCAGGGUAGUAAGGUCGUACCAAGUUUGUGCUCCGUAAUGCCAUCAUCUUGGCAGACGCAGAAUAUAACAAUGGUACAUGGAUUGUACACAGAAGGCCCCAGGUAUGCAACGCAGCACAUUACAAUGAAGGACCCAUCAGCGUCAGGAGAAAAGAAAUCCUUGGACGAAAAUGGAAAUUCCUUACAGACAUAUAAUGGCGAGCGAAAGAAGCCUCGGAGAAAACAUACUCAAGAGCACAAUGUGAAAGUUUACAAUUCCGAGAACGUCGAAGGUCAUCGUUACGAUAAUGAUAUCGAAACUUUGGUCAAUUUCAUCGAAAAUAAUAACUCCAAGAGCAAGAAAGGUAAAACUGGCAAUCCCGUUAGGGUAAAAGCCAGCUCUGGCACAAAACCGAGAACCAGAGAGAAGGAUACGAAAAGGGAACAAUUACCUUCGAAGCUUCAGAAGUCCAACUCUUUGGAAGAAAUUUCGAAAACUAAACUGGAGGACUUGACUACAGAAAAGAGCGUUAGUUCUAGCGGUGCCAGUAGCAUAUCCAGUCAACAUGGUACGAUAAAUGUGGCCUUGCGACGUGCAAAACAGAAGAGCACUGGAGACGCGACAGUUGACAGUCGAGGUGAUAGACGAUCCUGGGGUACAGAGGAGGGUCAGUCGAUAUAUUGCAACGAUACGGGAGAUGAUUACACGAACCGUCGUAAUUCUAACAAGAAGACGAAUUCAGAACAGGAGCACGAGACGGAAUUCUUGGUGGUCACGAAAAAAAAGAAGAGCAAGAAGCAGAGAAGAAGCUCGAGUGGUAGUAGAGCACAAAACCUGGCAACAUCGGGUUCGUACCUUCAGAAUUCCAGAGGUUUCUCUAAUGAAUACAGAACACCGGUUUCUCCUGAGCUCCGAAGAAAAUCAGCAAGCAGCAUGCCUCCAAGCGACAAGUCGGACAGUAGUGAUCUCGAUUCAGUGCAUUCGUUACCGGUUACGUCGAACACUACGAAGCACAAUUUGUCCAAAGUCGCAACGUCAUCUGGCGGUACGCCGCAAGCGAGUUACGCGGAUAUAGCGCGCAUGGCUACUAUCAACAUGUCGCAUAAUUCGGUCCUGAACAUGUCUGCGAUCGUGCCGAGCAUGCUAAACUCAGCGUCGUGGCCCAGUGUUCCACCCAAGACCCCCUCGGAACCGGAUAAAAUACCCCAGGACUACUAUCCAAGUCUGGACGAGAUACAGCAUUCGGAGAAGAAAGUGCGGCAACAAAACUCGACCAGCACGAAUAACGCGGCGGCGAGCUUGACUCUCGCUUUCGAAAAGCCGCUCUCACCGACUCUGACGAAGGGCAAGAACUCGUCGGACGGAAAGAAAGCCGAGGCCCAGGAGGAGGCCAUUAACAAAAACAUCCAAGUGUUUAAGUAUGUGCAGGAUAUUGAGAAGAUGCACGAAAGCCUGUCACAAGAACAGAAGCACUCUACUUCCGGUAGUCACGGUGUAAAUCCCAACGAGACUACUAUGACAACUAGUCCUGCGACAACAAAUUUCACGACGCCCAGAUUAAACAACAGCACAGUGACGCAUUACAGUCCGAUUGAUCCUGAUACUAACAUAAAUUGCACCGUCAAUAGUAGUAAGGAUUCUGUCGUACACGUAAGAGCCAACAAUCCUCGUUCUCGCAGGACUUAUGUACAUAGUAAUCCGAAUAUACAAACUCAGGGAUCGUAUGAGGAGCAGCAUGUCAAGAAGACCGCAUGCCUUUUCCACGACGAAGCGGUUAAAAAGUCACACAACACUGACGCUCCGCAGCCAGAAAGCAAGGCUAAUAAUCCGACCAGUUCAUCGCCCGAUGCGAACGCGGACACGCAAAAAACGAAGACGACCGCAAAAUUCGUGCAAGAGUUGCAGAAUACAGAAGAAGCCGAUGACAUCAGCAAGACGGCUCGGCGGAACAGCGACCCGAAACCAACGACGAGAGUUGCGAAAGAGUAUCAGAACACCGCGAUGAAGCACGACGUCGCGAAGGUUGCUGUUAUUGUCUGUGGCCAGUCGCAAAAUUCGAAGCAGGACAAUCAACGCGAGGCCGAGAAUAAGAAAACGAGGUCGCAGAACACGACGCAUCCCGACAAGGAGCAGUCGCAGAGGCCGUCGGAGGCGCAGCAGACGAAGAACUCCACUCCCAGACCGGCGGUAAUUCUCCUGGACGAGGCUUCGUCGGAUAUCGCCAAAAACAGCAAUCUGCCGACGGAGCUGACGUUCGGCUUCGAGAUAAACGAGCAGCUACUGCUGUCGGAGGAUUCCGUCAACGAGGAGACGCCGCCACCUCCGACUCCCGCUCUCUUCACGCCCGCCAUGCCGCCGCUCAUCAACAAGCCGCCGCCUAACUUCACGGAGAGGAGCCCGCCGGCUGCUGUGUUCGAGAAACCUGUUAGAUACGACAAGUUCUCGUCCAAUUAUCACAUGCAACAGCCGUCGAAUACUCAUGUCACACCGCCGCCGCCGCCAUCUGUUCAUCCGGUCAUGAUGCCGCCGUUGCCGUAUAUGAGCUAUCCCACGAGAUUUCCGCCACCCACGUACAUGCCGCCACCGCCGCCACCUCCACCUGGAAUCGUGGAAAAGUUUCAUCAGCCCAAGGAGGACUUCUCCAUGCUCUAUGUAGCGCCGGAGGAGGAGCUCAACGUGCAAACGUACAACCACGAUAAAAUCGUAACGUUUGUCGGCUUAGCGUGGGACGCGGUUAUGAGGGAGAUACCGAUUACUUCGAGCGGCCGCAUACAGUUCUAUAGUGGACAGUGAAGUGUAUGUUCUCGACGCACUGAUUAAAAUAACAGGCAAUAACAGUUCUUUUGUACUGGUAAAAAAACUACUUCCAUUACAAAUAGAUAAUUCGAUGAGUCCUGCCGACGACACGAAACCAAGUACUCUACCUGUGUUGCGCAAUUGCUACGGUCGAGCGCGGAUUUAAGGAAUAAUCUUUCACUUGGAGAACCAUCUGUUUUACUUCAUUCGAGUCGUAUGCUAAGUCAGUGCGAAAUUAGUGAAGCCGAACGGCGCGAAGUGUGCCUCAAGAGAUAAUAAUAGCGAUGUACAUAUAAUCAGUCACUAAAAAAAAGAAAAAAAAACUAGAGAAAGGACGGAGGAAGAGGACGAAGUGUAUAUGUACCCAGCAUGUACAUUGUGCUUGCGUGAAUCUUUCACGAUGACAAUGGUAUCGUAAAAAAAUUUCAGUAUUGACAAUUAGCGACGUUUUCGGACUGAAAACGAAAGUGGCGAGACUUUCUCUCCGAGAGACUAUGUAUCCUGUCUCUUAAAACGAAGGGAACUUGCAGUGUUCGAGUCACGCGUGUAUAUACGUUAAGUAUCCGUAUAAAAUUUUCGAGAAAUUUGUCUUUAAAACUUAUGUAUCAGUGUACGAAGUUUCAGACGAGAUGAAGUUUGAAGUGCUUCGGAGAUACAAAGAGAGAAAGAGAUAUACGAACUUGCGAUACAACCAGGACUACCGUGAAGCGGGUUUGUCGAAGGAAGUAAGCUCGCGCACUGACACUGGUGUCUCCUGGUGCCUUUAGACUUGCGAAUCUUUAGGCUGAUUGGAGGAACCUGCUGAAAAAAUUGAAAUUUCACGUGUAAUCGUGAGAUUUGUGUGAGAUAACGCUAAACACUUAUAAAUUUGUUGCGAACUCUGUGAGCUGGGGACAAUCUUAAUUGAGACACUGUGAGAAGAAGAUUUACAUACCAGCCGGGUGAGUCUCUGUCGAAAUACAAAAGUCAAAAUAUACAGAUAUUGGAAGUUAGAUGUACUUUAUUCGACGCAGUGUAAUGCAAGUUAAGAUGUGCGAAUGUGUGUCGGCGAGAUAUGAUGAAUGUAAAUGCGCGAUUGAACAUGUGUAUAAUAUAUUAAGAUAGCGUGGUUGACUUUUAAGAACUUCUCAGAGUGGCUACUUCUUCCAGCUGUGGCAGUCGAAUAGUUAAAACGAAAAAGAAAAAAAAAAGAAAAAGUCAUUAACUGGGUUUUGAAAAUAUCGCGCUCAAAGUCUGGUCAAAUGACAGUGAGAUAGGAUGCGAGUGUGUCGAAAAACGUUAAAUUUUUACACAGACCUGCUUAUUUAAUAAAUAACUAAUAAUUAUUCGUAAUGAUAAUUAUAUAAGAAGAUACCUGCUUGUGAUCAUAAAGAAUACGACGGUGUGAAUGUGUGUAAUUCAUGUAGACAUUCUUCUAUCGCGUGAUGGUAACGAGAUCGCUGUUCGAUCGUAAUUAAAUAUACGCGUCACACAAAUAUCUUGUUAGGGGGUUCGGAACGGAAGUUAAUAUUCCAAAUUCAAUGCAUUUCAUGAAGUAACACGAAUACUGAUACCGUGACUCCACGUGUGCUAUGCCUGCAUACACGGAACAUGUUCGCUUCAUGUUUAAACGGUGAUUAUUUAAAGUUUAACAAAAGAAUCUGUUAAUCUAAAAAUCAACAAAUUUCAUAUACUUAUACACAUAUAUAUUUUAAACUGCCUCGCGCACGCUUACAUGUUGUCUUCUACAAUAUACAUGUCCGUUACUUCUUUAUUAUUCCAAGAUUUUGUGAGGAAAAAAUUAACAGUUCACUGGUAACUGAGUUUUCGACGCGUAAGGACCGCGUUGGUCCACGAUAGAUAAUGUGUCGCAGGUAAACGUAAGGUCCGAAUAGCUGGCGCGGUUGAUUUUUCAUUUGACUCGCCGACAGUUCUGCCACGCUUACCGUGACCUGUAAUGGACCUGUCUGUAGACCAGACGUUGUCCUGACAACUGCACAAAUAUAAUCCACGUGCAUUAUAUUAAUAAUGUGUAUUGUUUGCUCAUUAAAUGUAACUCGAUUUUUAUAGGACUUUACGCGCGAGAUUCCUAGUUCCUAAGUUCACGUUUUCACUUCUCGUAUGUAUCUUACAAACGAUAAUCUACCAGUUUCGCAGACGCGCGGUUUUGCAUUUUUCGAGGCGUUAUUUACAGGCGUAAAAAGAAGGGAGGAGGGGGGCAAAGACCGUCACUAUUUCAACGAUUGUAGAUGAAGCGAUACAUGCCGGUGGAUUUUGAUCUUUUAAAUUCGUUGUGGAAGAGUACAAGAAAAAAAAGAGAAAGGAACCAAUAUUUAAAUGUAUCUCUUGAAUCCUAUGCCUGUAAAUGCCUAAAAAUUGAGCCUAAGAGAUAUCGCGUGUAACAUCGCUUUUAACUACUAUAGUACACGGCUUUUAAACGUAAGAAAUAUGAAUUCUAUGACCUCAGGCCGGCACACGGUCUGCGCGUGUAUUGUUGCUCCAAAUACGGAUUAAAAUACUAUUAAGUGUUCAUUCUUUUACGUUUAAACUAGCCUUAGUUACGUUUGAACUCGUUUUCGUGAUAACUGUUUCGUAUUACCGAAGCAGGAACGUAAAAGUAUAAUUCUAUACUUGGAAUAAUUGCUCUCACAUUGUGAAACGUGUUAUUCUUUAUUACGAGAAUAAUGUUCGAACAGCGAUCUCUUGCAACGAAAGAAAGAGUGAGUGAGUACGACGCAGAAACUUAUCGCCUUUAUAGGUAAUGAUAAAAUAAAUUAUCAUAGAUAAGUUUCGUAUAUAUAAUAUAUAUAUAUAUGUAUGUAUGUAUACAUAUGUACGUAUAUGCAUAUAUGUGUGUAUAUGUAUAUGUAUAUAUAUAUGUGAAAGCAUGAGAGUGUACUGUCUAUUUAGUAUUAAUGCGAAUUAAUUAUUACUCAUGAAUUAGAAUUGAUAAAGUUUGUUAUAUAUCGUUUUUCCUUUUCUUUUCGAGAUAUCAAAAUUGUGUAAAAGAGGGAAGAGAGGAUAUCGCGCUCUGUUGAUACUUUUUAUUUUGUCCAGUAAAUAGGAGCAAACCAGCUGGGAGUACAGCUUUCGAAUAACGAAGAAAUUGAGAUGUUUAAUUAUAUGAUGGAAGCAUUAUAGGAUGCAUAUCGGAGAGUAACUCGAAAAAAAAUAUAAUCGUAUCGCCACUGGCAGAAAUCCGUUAUGGACAUGACGAAGAAUAUGAUAACGAAACGUUUCUUUUUUUUUUGUUUGCUUUUCUUUUUUCCUUUUUUAAGCAAUUCCGUGGGACAUAAGUCGGGCAUUAUAUUGAUCUACUGGACAUUACGUAUACUUUUAGUUAUUGCUUUUUUUCAAUGCAAAGUUUUACUUUUAACUCGAUCGCCGAUAUCGAAGUUGCAUUCCGAAACUUAAUGGUUUUAUUUCACUUACAUUUUGGACCACGACAGUUCUCUUAUGCUCGUUUUGCUUUUUUCAUGUAUACACGGUCUCUUUCCUUACACAACGUUCUAACAGUGUUGAGUUUCCUUUUUUUUUUUUAUAUGUACACUGUCAUUUUUUUUAUACAUACACGAGACUAUAAAUUACAUUUAUGACGGCAUUGUACAUCUUCGCAAAAAGUCGUAUUACUUUGACUGAAUCACCGAUGGAUUUGCGUUGUUUCUGAACGGAUGAUUACUUUUUUUGAGCUAUUUUAAUCCGAUAUGCAAGAAACUAUUCAAAACAGUCAGGUGCUCCGCUCGCCUUAAAGUAACAGACUGCAGUCUCAGCCUGUGCCAUUGACCGGUUCAAAUGGCUAAGUUAUAGGAGUUCGCGAAGAGUAGUGCAAAUGUACUUGUGCAGACAAAAAAAGAAAGAAAGAUUAAGCGAGAAGUAAGGCGUAAAAAAGGAGGAAGAGAUAGGACCAUUAACAGUGUAUAUAACGAGUGCAUGGGAGGCAGCUACGUUAACCUGUGUGAAUCGCAUACGGAAUAUACAUAACUACAUAACGAUGUCAUUCGAUGGACAGUGAGAAACAUUGCGUGGACAUUGGCUGCGCCAGCCCAGGACACUUGUUUCUCCGACUUGCGCAUAACAAGGAUUGUUAAUAAAACAAUAAUAACGCAACUCUGAGAAACGACGAAACAUGUAAAAACGAAGGAAAAGCGAGACUAUGUUAUAUAAAUUAAUGGUGGUCCCACUCUGUUUUCGUUUAUGAGAAGAAUAAAUAUAUGUUUAUUUUCUUUCAUAUCGUCCUCUGCAUCUGUUUACUCUUGCUAUUUUGUAAUCUGCAACGCUACAGAAAGGACUCGUACACUUAAGUAUUCUCGACUGUAAAAAUGUUAUUGGGAUCAUUUCCAUUAAUGAGAGAAUUCAACGAACGGAUACAGAAGCGACACGAGCGCUACCCCGCCAGCUAAUAAUUUUGAAAAAUUAACGAUUGUUUUACGUGAUCUGUUAUUAUUAUUGCUCUGCUAUUAUAUUGCAUAUUACUGCCA